CCCAUCCUCGAACAUCUUCCGCUUCCGUGCUGCGGAGCUGCUACUUUUAAAGUCAAGGUCGUGAAAAAGUUGGUGUUUUACCGUGUUCUUCCACCACCGCCGCUGUUAUAAAUUCAUUCCCGGAUGGAAGGAGAGAGAACGACUGGAGAAAUAAGGAGUUCAAAUCAGAUUUAAUAGCAAAAGGAUGUGUUGCAACUAACCAGCUACAAAUUUCAUAAUGUCUGCUCUUCCGAAGCGGUUGUGUUACAUUGGAUUCCAUGUUCUUCAGGGCCAACAGCUGGCCAGUCACCUGGUGCAAAGGUUUGGCUUUGAGCUGUUUGCUAUACGGGAAGCAGAGAGGAAGAGGCAGCAGGCUUUCCGAAGAGGAGAUGCUAUUUUUAUUGUCAAUGAAGAGCGGGAGCUGACUGAGAAAAACUUUUCACCUUCAGAUUUACCUUCAGACUGCUGUAAGCAUAAAGGGAUCCUGUAUGAUGUGAACCUGCAGUACAGAGUCAGCACAGCUUCCAAUAUUUGCUUUGAGGUAGAGGAUGUCCCUGGAAUCUCCCGAAACCUACAAGAGAAAGGCUGCAAGAUCCUUAUUCCUCCCACCACUGAAGCAGAUGAAAAUGGUUUUGUUACUUACUCUGUAGUGAGGUCCAUUGUGGGCAAUGUUAGCCAUACUCUUCUUGAUCGAUCCCAGUAUGGCGGGCCAUUCUUGCCUGGUUUCUGUGAAGUUGAAGUUGCCCCCAAGAAACUCCAGAAGGAGAAGGAGACCAUAUAUUUUGACCACAUCACCUAUGCCUGUCCACAAGGUAGCUCACAAGCUGUGCUGGACUGGUACAAAAACUGUUUUGGUUUCCAGCGCUUCUUCAUCCACCAUCAAGAUGAUGCUGAAGAAGGCUUUCGAAUCCAAGGGGAAGACAUGGGCCUUCGCCUUACUGCCAUGCAAUACAGUGUUGAUCGCCUGUCACCCUUUGAGCCCGACUGUAAAUUUGUCCUGGCUGAGUCGCUGCCAAGGCAAAGGAUGGGCCAGGUGGACACUUUCUUACAACAGCAUGAAGGCGCCGGCAUCCAGCAUGUGGCCCUUUAUACCACAGACAUUGUAAGUGCUGCUGCAGCCAUGGCAAAGUCCGGAGUCGGCUUUUUCAAACCACCCGUAUCAUAUUACUAUGAGAAAAGCAAAGAGAAGGAGAUACAGCAAGUUGGGCAAGAUCUUCAGCUCCUGAAAGACUACGGCAUCCUCCUUGAUGCGGCAGUAGAUGACAAAGGACAGGACACUAGCCCUAGCCUGCUCAAGGAGCAAUACCUGAUGCAGAUCUUCACUAAACCUCUUUUUACAGAAGAGACCUUCUUCAUAGAACUCAUUGAGCGCUGUGGGGCUGCGGGUUUUGGUGAGGGAAACGUCCGUGCUCUUUGGAAGUCGGUACAGGAUUAUAUGGAUCAGCAGCAAAGGCCCACUCUACUCAAGCGUGAAACCUGACAGCAUGUUCAUUAUGUUCUGCUCAGAGGCUCCUUGAACUGGGAAGUGGGUGGCAAAUAAAUUUGAUAAAUAAAUUAUAACUAAAUAAUAUAGUGCUGCCGCCUCAGAUUUGUUAAUGUAGGAUUAUUGUCCAUGUUAGAAGAAAGCUUGUGGACUGAUUUGUUUCAAUUAUGUCCUUGCAUUUUGCACGGUCAACGCUGGUUUGGAUUAAAGAGUUUCCAAGUGACCUGGAAGAUCAUCUAAUUAGAACCCAUGACCUCACCAUGGCAAUGUUGUGACAACAACCACACUUGAAAGCGUGUAGGUUUUUGCCUUGCUAGUUGAACUACUGAAUUGGUAAUUGAUUUUUCUUUAACAAAGUACAAAGGCCUGAGGGAAUGGCAGUUAUGCUUUCCCUAGGAAGAGAGAAAUGCUCUAUUAGAAUAAGUGACCGCUAUCUGCAGAAGCCCCACAGUCUUUGGGAUCAUGGAGUUCAAAUCUGAAAAGGUGCAAGAUUCCUAUUGCUUAGCUACAAUACUCUUAGUGAAGAAAGUUACCAAGUUAGGUAAGAAAAAGCCUCAAUGAAAAGCAAGCUCUGAAGCCACCAAGAACAAACUUUGACUACAUAUUCUUUACUA